AGAAUCUUGGCAGUUGGGAGUCUCCAGCUGGUCUGGAACUCUGGCGGUCUGCCCUGUGUCGGAGACCCCGUGACCACUGGGAUAAGAGAGAGAGAGGACCUCAACUGUCUGAUUUGGUGGUUUCCCAAUAGGGAAAUUGCUCAGAGGGAAGGGGCUGGAUGGAGAAACAGUCAUAUAAGAAGGGGCUGGCUGGAGGAAGGCAGAGGAAGAAACAGAGCCACCGCACCACCCCCGAAACCCGGCCCCCGCUGCAGGACCAUGGCUUUCCAGUGCCCGAGCACCACUCUGCUCCUUGGCUUUCUGGGAGUUGCCCUGACCCUUCAAGGGGUUCAGGCCCUGAACUGUUACCGAGGGAACUCGUUCCUCCUGGGGAAGGAAAUUUCACCGAGGAGCAAUUCGAGGAAUGAGACGUGCGAGCCCAGGAUGAGAUGCCAGGAAUCCAUGUUAAUCAUCCAAGCCGGAACCCGAGUGUUGACUCUCAACAAUAAAGGCUGCACCACCCGAGAGGUCCAGGCGCUCCGGGUCACCCGACACGUCGAGCCACCGGGACUGAUCGUCAUCUCCUACACCCAAGUCUGCAACUCUGACUUCUGCAAUGAACUCAAAGACAUCAGCCCCUUCAACCUGAACGAGACCAAGCCCGACGUCCCCUCCCCAGAAGGCCUGAUGUGCCCCACCUGUGUGGGUUUGGGCCUGUCCUGUUCCGCCGACCUUCUCCCGUGCCCUGCCGGGACGAGCCACUGUUACAACGGGAAUAUCAACGUGAAAGGGACCUUUUCUGGCCCUCUGAGCGUGCAGGGCUGCGUCCAGGAGAGCUGUCGGCUACUCCUCCCGGGCACCCAGGCCAUCGGGGAAUUGGGCACCCAGGAGUCUCAGACAAGCUGCUGCCUCGGGGGUCAUUGUGACCGCGAAGCCCCGCCCCAGAUCCAUUCGGCCUCCUCCAUCUCCCACCCUGGCCUGGCCUGGUCGGGGGUGGGGGUGACCCUGCUCUUCUCCCUGGUACCUUGAGAGGGGUCCGCCCCCCGGGUCCGUGGACUUCCCCGGGACCCUCUGACUCUUGCCCUCCUCAGUGCUGCCCAUAUCUCAUAUCUUGGCGGGGUCCUACUCCCCCAAUCCCUUCCCCUCUAAUCACCAAUAAAAGAGCCCGAGCUCAGUACAUUUCC